UGCAUAUGUGUGUGUAUGUGUAUGUGUUUGUGUGUGUGUGUGCAUGUGUGUGUGUGUAUGUGUAUGUGUUUGUGUGUGUGUACUUGUGUUGGGGGAAUCUGAUACCAAGAACAUGUGCCUCCACAUUUCAAAUCUAGAAUGUGUGUGUGUGUGUGUGUGUGUGUGUGUGUGUGUGUGUGAGAGAGAGAGAGAGAGAGAGAGAGAGAGAGAGAGAGAGAGAGAGGUGUUCAGUCAGUUGUAUGGCUUCUUUUCUCUGGUUCCUCAACGCUGCUGGACAUCUUGUGAAGCUCAGCACACACUUACGCAGUGUGUGAGUGAUGGAGGGUAAAUCACCUCACAAUCUCACAUUUGACCCCAAAGAAGAGAAGCAGAUGAUGGAAUUCUUGACACAGCAAGUACACCUGCUCAAGGAGAAAGCUAAGCUGCAGUCAACAGUUCGAGAAGAGAAAAAGCUGCUGGUGGAAAACUCCAAGCUGAAGAAAGACAUUGAUGAGCUAAAGAGGAAACUGCAGGAGACACAGAGAAAGAAAGCCAUAAAGCUCCAUCAGGAGAAAGUCCUGACUGCAUCAGUAGCUGCGAUAAAGAAGGAGGUUCCUGCUUCAUCUGAACCUACAUCUACAUCUAAACCUCAAACAAGCAACACGCGCAGUGAGGGGAGACAGAGGAGGAACCGCCGAGGGUUUCGAGAGGCAGUGGGCGGAUUGGAGCGUGAACGGAAGCCUGACAUUUCCUGGCUGGACCUGAGGAUCGGACGUCUCCUGGAAGUUCGGAAACAUCCAGAUUCAGAGUCACUCUAUGUACAGAAUGUGGAUGUAGGAGACUCCACCCCCAGAACUGUGGUCAGCGAACUGGCCAAUCACAUGCCUUCGGAGCAGCUCCAGGACACUCUGGCGAUUUUCCUCUGUAAUGUUCGACCAGUGAAGGUGCGCAGUGUUCAGUCUCAGGCUCGAUUGCUGUGUGCUGUCAAUCAAAACAGGAUGGAGCCUUUAGCCCCACCCACUACAGCUCAGCCUGGAGACAGAGUGACUUUCCAGAACUAUCCAGGUGAGCCAGAGAGAGAGCUGAACCCGAAACAGCGCGUUUGGGAAUGUUUACUCCCUGACCUACAUAUUGAUGAAAGGGGUGUGGCCACUUACAGGGGUGUGGCCUUUGAGGUCAGGGGGAAGGGCCUCUGCAGAGCGCCUACCAUCAGCAACGGAGGGCUCAAGUAAAGGACGAGGGUCAUUGCCAUGGUUACCAGCAAACCAAAUGUAUGGCACAAUAAGGACAUGUGUGAUUAAUAUCGCUGUUACAGAGCGGCUGAUUUCUCAACAUUUAUCAGUGUAAUAUGUUGUUGCCAUGGUUACCAUCAAAAACAGAUAUUAAGACCCAACACAGUAAAGCAGAAACGUGAGUAAAUGACUAUUGUACAUUUCAGUAGAGUGGUGACUGAGCUCCACUGUGGUUAUAUUUACAAUUGUAAAUGUGUUAAGUGUGUGUGUUGAUCUCAU